AAUUACUCCUCAAGUCUUCCUAGACAUUCAAGUAGUAGCCUUGUGAAAACUUCAGUGGUAUUAACCAUGGAUACCAACGUCGUACAGUUUUUCAAAUUAGUUUUCUUGCUCUUCUUCCCAUGCAUGUGGACUCCUCAUGAUGCACAGUGGGUACAUGUAUCAUCUACGGGCAUAUCAUCUGCGGGUAACAGUAUUAAUCCUGGUGAUACGCUCAAUUCCUCAACUUACAUAGUUUCUGAAAAAGGGACAUUCGCUUUGGGGUUCUUCCACCGGAUCGAUAGUACUACUACCACUACCGACACCUACUUAGCAAUAUCAAAGAUGGCUGAGGCUGAUCAAAUUCUUCCUUUUAAUCUUUUCGUAUGGUUUGGCAGUCGAGACAGACCAAUUGUUAACAAUUCGGGCAUGCUUACCUUGGACAACAAUGGAACAUUGAAAAUUGUACAAAAAGGUGGGGAUCCUAUAGUUUUAUACUCUCCUCCUCAACCUACCAAAAAUACUGUUGCUACUCUAUUGGAUUCAGGCAAUUUUAUAUUAAAAGAAGUUCAAUCAAACGGAUCAAUUAAAAGGGUCUUAUGGCAAAGUUUUGAUUAUCCUGCCGACACACUUUUGCCUGGAAUGAAAUUAGGGAUCAGGCACAAAACUGGCCAAACUUGGUCACUCACAUCAUGGUUAACUGAUGAAAUCCCAGUUCCAGGGCCUUUGGCUCUUGAAUGGGACCCCAAGGGAUGCCAAUUGAUCAUUAAGCAACAUGGGGUGGUUUAUUGGACAAGUGGAGUCUUGAGAGGUAAGACAUUUAGGAAUAUUUCACCAGAGGUAACAUCUAUGUAUGACUUCAUCAUUGUUUCAAAUGAAUAUGAAGAUUCCUUCACCUACGUUAAUAGCAAUCAAAGCCAGAGGUCAGAAUGGUUGCUUACAACCAUGGGGCAACUAAAGGAUUUAAAAGGACAAGAUAUUGCUCGAGCUGAUAAUUGUUAUGGUUAUAACACUAAUGGAGGGUGUCAGAGAUGGAAGCAACCAGUGUGUAGGCAUCAGGGUGACAUAUUCGAUCUUAGAACUGGGUUUUUAGUAGCUGGAGACUUUUCAGCCAACUAUAAUUCGAGUCUUGGCAUCAGUGACUGCAGAGCAAUUUGCUGGAACAACUGUGGUUGCGUGGCUUUUACUUCUUGGUUUCCUAAUGACACUGGAUGCCGAUUUUGGACCGGUAAGUGGGAGUUUCUUCCCGGCCCUAGUGUGCCACCGUCCAUUUUUGUUCUAUCAUCAAACGAUUCAAGCCCUUUUCUCAAUGGUACUGAGGGAUCGGUUAAAAGCUUCAAAUCCGUGAUCCAUAGACGUGGACCAAAGAAGUGGAUUCCUAUUGGCAUUUCUCUACUUGUAAUAUUCUUAUGCAUAUUGUGUUAUCUACUGUGGAGGAAAGUUGCACUUAAAGGGAAGAAUGAAACAAAAAGAGAAAUUGAAUUACUUGAUUUAGUGACAUCAGAGAGAUCUACCGUCAUUGGCAUUCCAAAUGAUAGGAAACAAAGGCAUGAUUUAAGUGUUUUAAGUUAUGCAUGCAUCACGACCGCCACAAAUAACUUCUCAGCAGAAAACAAGCUUGGAGAAGGCGGCUUUGGAUCUGUUUAUAUGGGGAAACUGCUAACAGGACAAAAAAUAGCUCUAAAGCGACUAUCUAAAAAUUCAAGACAAGGAAUACAUGAGUUCAAGAAUGAGUUGAUACUCAUAUCUAAACUCCAACACAUGAAUCUUGUUAAGCUUCUAGGUUGCUGCAUUCAUGGAGAGGAAAGGAUGUUAAUCUAUGAAUACAUGCCCAAUAAAAGCUUGGACUACUUUCUGUUUGAUCAUAAUACAAGCAAGCUACUAGAUUGGAAGCAACGUUUCAAGAUAAUUGAAGGAAUUGCUCAAGGAAUGAUAUACCUCCAUAAGUAUUCAAGGCUAAGAGUAAUUCAUAGGGAUUUAAAAGCUAGUAACAUUCUCCUUGAUGAAAGUAUGAACCCAAAGAUUUCUGAUUUUGGCCUGGCAAGAAUAUUUGAACAAAAUGAAUUGGCAGCAAAUACUAGUAGAAUUGUUGGGACAUAUGGUUACAUGUCUCCUGAGUAUGCUAUGAAGGGUGUAUUUUCAAUAAAAUCUGAUGUCUACAGCUUUGGGGUCUUAAUGCUUGAGAUCGUUAGUGGUAGAAGAAACAACAGCUUCCAACAUGUUGAUGAUGCUCUCAAUCUAGUAGGAUACGCUUGGGAUUUGUGGCAAAAAGGUGAAGGGAUAGAACUAGUUGAUCCGGCAAUAAGUGAUUCAUGUGUCAAAUAUCAAGUGCUGAGAUGCAUUCAUGUCGGUCUAUUAUGCGUAGAGGAUGGUGCAAUUGAUCGACCUACUAUGUCAGAUGUGCUAUUUUUGUUGACAAAUGAAAGUAUGCCGUUGCCUUUACCGAAAAAACCAGCAUUUUCUAUUGGAAGGAAAGCAAUUGAGGCUAAUAUUUCUGAUAAAGAAUCAAAUAACCAUUCACUAAAUGGCUUGUCCAUUUCCGAAAUGGAUGCACGAUAGAUGGAAGGUGAGAAUAAUAUCAUCAGAUUUCCUUUUCUUUAACAAUAAAAACACCUUGUGUAUAGCAAUGAGGUAGCUCAUAUCAGGGCACUAAGUAAAGAAUUAUUACUUCAUAUUUUCUAAGUAAUUAGUUCAAACAUCUUGUUGGUUGAAGUUUAUCUUUGAUAAUUCAAUACUUACAACAGUGGGAAGAGGAUUCAAACUC